GCCACACCCGACCUCAGCAUCGUUUCCCCGACACCUCUAACCUCACGAGCCGUACGUCAGACUUGCAAGUCCAUCAGUCACGGCGUAGGGUAUUGUCUGACAUGAGCGUCGUUGGCCGCCAGGGAGGUUAAUACUGACGAUUUCCAGCCGCGGAGGUUGACUGGUGGGGGAGAACGCUGCGGUUUUAAGUGCAUCGGCCCGACGCCCUGACGACGACGACGACGACAAGGACGACCCGCAGCUGGGGACGCCUCGAGCACGACCUCCACCACACGCCAGGAUGGGCACAGCAAGUGACUGACUGUGGUGCCGCCUGUGUACCUCAGGGCUAUGCAUGCUGUUCUAACAUGGCAGUAUUGGACAGCUUUUGGCAUUACUGUUUUCAUCUUUUAAUCAAGACACUGCAUUAACUAAAGCUUCAAAAUUUACGUUAUAAGAUGUUAGAAAGCUUACAUCAAAAGGAACCACCAUCUGAAUUUGUUGACGUUGCCGAGAGGAACAGAAAGAACCAAAGUCAUGGGGUGAACCGUGUGGACCGACUAAGAUAGAGCUAGUACAUACUAUGCCUAAAGCCACUAAUACGCACAGCGUUUCGGGCAAGAAGAUGAGGAUUCAAGAGAUGAGGUCUGGGAAAACUGCAUGCUACAAAACAAAUCAUGCUAUUCAAAGCCAAGAUGAAGAAUUCGCAGCUGCACAGGAGGAAUGGGAAGCUGUUCAAUGUGUGGAGCCUAUUCUGUGCUCACCUCAUAAGGAAGACUUUCACAAAAGUCCCAAAAAGUAUAUUGAUGGAUCAUCUUCCUCUCCAGCCAAAUCUCCUAUAAAGUCACCCCAAGGCCCACCUCCCAAUGUUAAGAUCACGCCACACACAGAUUUUGACGAGGUGUGGGAUUUCUUCACACGGCAAGAUAUGAGUCAUGUGAUGGGCUCCAUCAAACCAACACUUGAACAAAGAGGGAUAAAUGGUCUCUUUCGCUCAAUCUUUGGACCCAAGAAGCUGAAAGCUGAACUUAUCGAAGAGAGAGAUUUGCUCUUUGCUAUUGCGCAAUGCCAGUUUGAUAAUAAUGAACCAAUUCACUUCCAAAUUUUACAAACAGUGUAUAAGGUCCUCACUGGUACCAAGAUUGAUUGUCCUCGAUUUGGUAGCCAUUGGGAUGUAAUUGGAUUCCAGGGAGUUGACCCUGCAACUGAUCUACGUGGUGUUGGCCUGCUUGGGUUGGUUCAGGCACUCUAUUUAUUAACCCAUGAGCCUUUGCUGCCUCUUGCUCGGGAUAUAUUCCGUUUGAGUCACGACCCACACUCUCAGUUCCCACUCAUGGUGCUCUCAAUCAAUGUCACAAGAAUAUCUCUACAAACUCUCCGAGAAGGAUAUUUAAAUAAAGAAUGCAAUAGUCGUAGUAAUGUAAGGCAUGUGCUCAAUCAGUUCUUCACUGCAGUCAUGUUCCACAUCUAUUGGAUCUGGAAAACUGAAUCCAAGACUAUAAAAGAUUCUGGUUUCAUAAUAAAAGAUGCGGAAGCCUACUGUAAGCGAAAUGUGAAGACUGUUUUGCAGAAGCUGCAGGCACAGUUACGCAAAUACUCACACGACGAAGCAGAAAUGCUGUAAAGUUUAGUGCUGUAACCCUAUUCUUAGGCUCAUUCAAAGAUCUCAUACAUAAUUCAAGACCUUAGAGUAAACAAGAGCUGGGCAUGUCAGGUUGUGAUUGUUAUGUUUACAUUAUCGUGUCAUUGCUGCUGUGAAUGAAGCUAGAUAAAUAAAUAUACAGUAUAACGUAUUUUUCCAUUUAAAGUUUUGGCAUUUAUAAAAGCUAAGUUAGAAAACUGUAAUACCAAAUACAGAUGACAGAUGGCCUCAUUAUUAUUUUUAAGGAUUUUUUUUUCAAUAUUCAGAUUUGUGUAGGUACAAAUAAUUUUAUUGAGCAAAACAUCUAUAUAUGCAUUUGAAAUUUUGUCAUGUAUCUAUAGGAGAAUUUUUAAAGAGUUGAAAUAAAAAGAACCUUGUGCCGAUCUGAUGUGCAGCAUAUGUUUGUCUUGGCUUUUCAAGAAAUCAAUUUCAAGUCAAUAAAUUAAGUAUUUGUUUGCAUUAGUAUUUUUUUGUAUAUGUGAAGAAGAUAAUUUCUGGCUCUUGUUAGCAGACUUAAAGUUCUCCCUUCCUACAAUUCAUAUUAACCUGUAUCCUGUUAAUUUUCCCCUGGAACAGAUCUUUCCAUUGGUUUAUAACCAGGUCUUAAAUUACAUUUAUAAUGCACAAGACUAUAUGGAUAUCUUCAUUAAUUUUGACACAAUGCUGUUGCACAUCAGUUCUAUUACACUUCUCUACCGUUAUAGUACAUGAUUAAUGUUAACUAUUUAUGUGAACCCUGUAGUAUUGAUGUAUAGUACAACACACUUUAAUUUGUGUAUUUAUGUGUACAAUAAGGUCAGGCCGACCUACUUAUGUAAGUUGUUUGAAGGUAGCUCAAACCGAUUUUAGUUUCUCUUAGAAAAAUCUGAUUUUGAUAAGCGGUGUAGGUUAACACGUAAGAGAUGAGCUCUGGUAAUUGUGUGUUAACAUUCCCAAUGCAAUACAAACACGAUGGAGGGGGAAAUGUUAACAGUGGUCCUGGUCAUAGGGAAGGCUCGGUGAGCAGUGUGGUUUCGUUCUCGCUUGAUUAUUUAACGUUGAAGCUUGAAAGUGUUGAAGAGGUGAAUGGCAGGGUAUGAAUAGAAGGCUGUUAUCUUGUGUAAAUAAGUCAUUAAUAUUAAUUUAAGAAAAUAGAUGGGUAGAAUGUGAAAUUUACCUGCACUUGUCCUAUUUAGUUAUAACGAGAUCUUAAUAUUAAUUUAUUUUAAGGAUGUGGAAAUAUUAGGAUAGAAAAGAAUGGUUAUAGUGAAGGUUAUCCUUUACAGCGAAGGUUAUUGGUUAUUCUUUUUAUUUAUUGCCAGAUCUCUCCUUUCUGUACAGGAACAGCUUUUGUCAAGCACAGAAUAACCAAUGCAUAUAAACCAACUGAGAUCUGGUCUUGUUGCAUAUGGACUUAAUUUAGGAUAGGUGGGUAAAAGGCACUUGAAAUCACAAGAACAUUAACAUGAUGUAUCUCUGAGAAAAUAUUAAUGCCAUAUGAUGGGAUUGAACCUGCAUCCCUGAAUACCUCGGGCACACAUACUACGGAUUGAGUUCAUGCAUAUGCCCGGAGGGUCUACGGAUGUAGGUUUGAUCCCUUUAUACGGUCCCAGUAUUAUCUCACUUUUAAGAGUUUAUCCUUUUUCAAUAUAGGCAUACUGUAGAUGCUUCUCUGGGACAAUUUAAGAGUUGUGAUUUGUGAUGCACUGUAGUUACAGGGGCCUUUGCAGAUAUAUUUUUUAGCAAAGUUAGAAAAGAACUUGGAACAUUUUUAUAGGUUAAGUGUGCAUGGAAAAAGUAAAUUUUAGGAGAAAUGGCAACAGAAGUUUGCUGACACUGUUUUAUAUGCUUUAUCAGUUGUAUGCGAAGAACUGCAAGAUUAACACUUUCGUCCGGCGGCGAUGGAUAUUGAGUCCAUAAUUAACUUGACGAAUGUCCGGCAGACACACAUUUUGCAUCCAAAAUUUAAAUAUUUGUUAAAAUUCCAUUUAUUGUUCGAUUAUUAUGGAACAAAUUCUAAAAUGUGCACCUUUAGAUUGCGAACAAUUUGAUACUAUAAAGAAUGGUGUAGCACAACAAUUGAGGUCAUAACACUGGAAAGAGUAUACAUAUUUUAGUGUGAGUGCACGUUCCGGGGAAAUGCCAGGCCCACCUUGUGGUGGGCCGGGGCGCACACGCCGGGGACGCGAAAGUGUAUUUCGUAGUGUAUUCCAGUGUUUGGCAAAUAGCCUGAGAACUUUGAUUCCAAGUUCAUGCUGAGGUUAGUUAUUUGUAAAUAUUUAUAUGAGGUGUUUACUAUUAAAGCAGAUGCUACAGAACGAGUUAAAUGUUAUUAAGGGCUUAAGAGUCGAAGAUUUCCUCAGUCACUAUUUUCUUAUCAGUGUAUACGUCUUUGUGUAAUUUUGCAAGAAGCUGCAUUCUUUCAAUAAUUUAUAUACGUGAAGUCAAUUUUCAUAUGUUAAGAUUAAUACAAUGAGAGGAAUAUCUAAAGAGGCCUGGCCUACCUUAUAUUUAAAGGAAUAAAAAUUAUAUAUUAAAACUUAAAAUAUGGUGGGAAGAUAUAUGGAUGGUUGAAAGGAACUUGUAAUUUAGUCUGGAUGAAGGUUGGUUAAGAUGAAUCCAAUCAUUUCAAACAUUUGACUAAGAAGUGUGUAAGAGUUCAUAUCAGGAGGAAAUGAAGUUAUAUUCAUAUACAGUACUGUACUGUAUAUCAUAGUGUCAAGUUAAUAUAGAAAACUCAUUAUACAGUACUUCACUGAUAUAACCUGAUUAUUUUUCAGUGAGCCAAAGUGUAAAGGACGUAGGUGUGCAUGCGUUGUGUGUGUGUGUUGUGCAUGAUUUAUUUAUAGAAAUUGUUGUUUAGUAGAAUAAAAUAUGCCCUUCUAAAAUAGGAUAUUGCAUUUUCAUGUACUAUACAUGCAAGCCUUUUAUAACAUGGCAGUUACAUUUACUGGAAAAUGGCAUGUUAUCUUAAAAUGUGUAGUAUAAAUGGGCUAACAUGUUGGAAAAAUUAGGUUAUGCUCCCAGUUAUGGCAGAGUUGUACACUACCUGCAUACUGCAUUGAGAUUGAAGUUGUGAGAAAUUGUGGUGUUAAUAUGCAAAUGGUGUAUGCGUGUGAGUGGACAGGGACAACCGUGUGGGGAUGGCAGGGAGAGCUGUAGUGGGUGGUCAGGUAGAAGUGUUGGUUAGGCAGGUGGUAGUGCAUUAAUGCCUGCCUAUCAUAGCUUACCUUUCAAUGGAUGGGUGGGUGGUAGUGUGUUGGUGGAUGGAUGAGUGUGUGGUAGAAAGUGGGCGUAAAGACAGAUGUAGUGAGUGGAGUUGUGUUACUGCCAACUCGUCAAGUGACUCAAACAUGCCAACCAGGAUCCACACACGUCGCGCCGACUCUGUUCCCCUCCCUGGGCGGGACUAUAGAAGGGAUGAGGUGAUAUUCUAUACCACCUUUAUUCUAGAAGGGAUGAGGUUUAGAUACAACUACAUAAAUAUCAGCUGACCUGGCCCAUCACAAACUACCAAGAAAAUACAAUGGAAAAUUCUUGGUAAAACUACGUAUUACCAAGAAAAUACAUAAGGCUUUAUAACAAAUUUAGUAAAUGAGGAGCUGAAUGGAUAAGAGGGUUCAUUUGAUGAAAGGGGUGUGAAUGGUUGGGGAAUGAAGUGGGUGAGUAAGUAUGAGAGUGUUUGUGAGAGUUGGUGGGUGUGAAGUGGGAGCCAAUAUCAUGAUUGUGUUUUCUGAAGAGGACAGAUGAACCUACCAUGAAUGCAUGUUAUAAAAUAAUAGUGCAUACAGUUUAAAUGUGAUCACUCGAUUAAAACUGGGUUAUGUCGAAUAUGUCUUGUAUAAAUGCACAUUGUAUAAAUAUCGACUGUAAUAUUGUAUUUCAUUUUUUUGUAUCAAAACAUGAAAAUAGGUUUUGUAGUGUAGCUGUUACUGUGCAGAGAGGAUUGGACCUGGCAUGUCAUAAUAGAAUUCAGGACAAUACAGGGAACAAUACAAAAUAUGGUUCAAAUUUUCAAAGAUAUGCAAAAAAAAAAAAAGAUUAUAUUCGGUGUAUGGGGUAAUGAAACCUAUCUUAAGAUAUUAAUUUUAAGAAUAUUUCCUGUUUAAUUGUACAGUACAAGUAAAACUUCUGUUAGUUUUUUUGGGGUAGCGCUUCAGUGUUGUCGGCUUCUUGGUGUGCAAUUGAAGCAGUUUAUUUUGUUGUUUGUUUACAUUGGUCAGGGAGAAGACACUGCAUGUGCCCAACUAGCCGUGUUGUCUUAUCUCCUACCACAAUUCUUGGCAAGUGAUGUAGCAAGGGAUUCCAUCUAGUGUCGUUAAUCUUUGUCUUCAGCAAUAUAAAAGGUAAUUGGGAUUUCUUGUAUUACACACUCGCUUUUCUUGUUUAAUUUGGUUUUGACUAAAUUCAAUUAUAUUGCACCUACAUUUGUUUAAUAUUCAUCUGUAUUACUGAAUUCUUGAAUGAUGGUUCAUCUCAUUAUUACGAGACUGUCACUGGCAAGUGUGUGUAUUCACCUAGUUGUGCUUGUGGGAGUUGAGCUCUGCUCUUUUGGCCCACCUCUCAACUGUCAAUCAACUGUUUACCAACUUAUUUCCCCCCCCCCCCCCCCCCACUGCACGUGUGUGUGUGUGUGUGUGUGCAACUACAAGUACUGUUGUGGUUAUAAACCUCUACAUUCGUACCUAACAUAAAUGCUUGUGUGCAGGGAGAGAGGAAAUUCCUUUGUUUCAAGGAGUAAUGAAUUAAACAGAUACAGUAAAUCACUUUUUACUAUCUUGAUAUGAAUAAAUUAACAUUUUCUGAAAUUGAGGUGAAUUAAAUCUUUUUGGCACGAAUCAAAAAUUACACUCAUCCUUCUCGGGUUUAGUGUGUGUGUUCCUGCUUAAUCUGGUGGGAUAAUGCAAUUCUAGAUUUUUUGUACUUUUAAUGAGAUUGAAACAAAUAUGCUAGUGACAAGCUAUUUUUUCACACAAGAUGAGGCUGAUGUGUUAAUUUUGAAUCCUAUAUAUUUUUGGUAAGGGUACCAGUAUUAUCUAGCUUUAGCAUUUACAAAUAUUGGUGCAUAAAAAACAAAUAUAACCUUUGUGUUCAGAAUAGAUUUGCUUUAUUGCUGCAUUUUUAAUUCUCUUCUAAAGUGGCUGAAUUUUUUGUGCACCUAGAUAUGAAUCAUUGUAUUGAUGUAGUUUAUGUGAAAUUUGUGGUGUAUAGUAUUUUGUGAAUAUUAUUGUACUCCCACUUGUAUACUUUCAACAGUUUCAAACAUUGUAAUGUUGAAAAUCAUUGUAGCCUCUGAGCUAUAAAGGUUUUUGAUCUUGUUAAGAAAAUAAAGUCUUGGUGGAAAAUUUUGUGUGAAGUCGUCUGUGGGAAUAGAAUAUAAAUAUAUAUAUUUAGUUUAGAAUACAGUACCUAGGGACCAUGUUUAAAAAAAAAAAUAAGGGUUAAAGGGUUGAAUCCACGCAGCAUGCCUCAGUUGAUACUGUAAUAGGGGGUCAAUGUGUUGGGUUGAAGAUUUGUUACCUGCUGGUAGUAGUACGUAGAUAUUAUCUAAAAAUAGCAUCCCUUAUGUUCGUGUUUCCCAUACCAAAGGUUGCUGUAGUAGACACUACAUGCUUUUAGCUAGCUUUAUGUGUGUGUUGAGGGAUUCGUACUUAGUACAAUGCUGUAUUUACCUUUAGGUAGAUCUUUUAAGUGCUUUAAAGCUUGCAUGUAUAUUUUGUGUAUUUUUAUUGCUGUAUCUUUAAAAUUCAUCAUUUUUAUUUAAGACAUAUUUAUCAGUUGUAGAACUUUAUUGUAUUGAUUUUGAGACGCAUUGUCAUUGGUGUUAGUAGGAGGAACAUGUGAUGCACUCUUGUUUGAUGGUAAUGCUUCCAAUAUUACAGGCUAAACUAUGACAAUCUCUUGGCUUAGAAAUGAAACCUUACACUUUUAGUGAUAGAUAUUUGUGUAUUGCUUCUCAGAUGAUAGUAUGACAGUGUUUGCAUGUCAGUUGGCUGUUAUAUAGUGCACUGUUUUGUGUGUUUUUCUUAGUGUGAUGAGCCAUAUCAUGGAGGUGAUUGAGCAUGAGCAUUUAAUAACUCCAUCUCAUAUGUAUGCAAUACCUCAGAUGCAAGAUCAAGCGAUGUGUCUCGAGAAGGUAUAGCGUCUUCUCUAACUGCAAGAAAAGUUCAUUUUUUUUUACUUUCUGAAUGGUGCAAGCUAAUGAAAUUUCUUAUUGUUAUACCUAAGUACAUGUAUUUAGGUAUAAAUAGUUUACCACUAUUUUGCUUUAGUUAUCAUUUGAGUUAUUUGUGGUAAUUAAGGCUUUAGCUCAUGAUCACUGUAGCCAGUAUCGUGCUAACUGAAACACGGAACUAUUGUAGCUGAAAUAAUUGGUUAUGCAUUAGGUUAUGCAUUAAUAUUUUCCCAUUGUGCAAUAUUAACAUGGUUACUAUAUCAAAGGUUGCUCAGAAAUUCAUAAUCUGCUAGUAAAAGUGGUAUUUAAGAAGUAAUGUCUACAUUUAUGAAAGGUUUGUAACAUUAUCAUUAAAUCAAAAUUGCAAAUAGUCUAUGAAAAAAAAAGACUGGCAUGAAAGAAUACUGAAACUUCAUUUUGAUAAGAUCAAUGUAAGUGAAUACAGUACUUCAGUUUAAGUGGAAUAGAUGCACACAGAUAAAUAUCCAAGAUAAUUUGAAAAGAUAUUGUACAAAUAAAAAAAAUAUGCUUGCAGUAAUAGUUGGAGGGUAUACUGUACAGGGCAAUCACAAGAAUGUUAUAUACAGUAUCUCUGAAAAGUAUUGAAGUUGUCGAUGGGAUUGAACACCCAUCCCUAAACUCUGAUAGUUCAGGUCCAGUCCGUAGUGCACGUGCCUGAGUUCAUGGAUGCGAGUUCAAUCCCAUCGUACGGCAUCUAGUGUUUUCUCGUUUAUUGAGGGUAUUAAAUAAUUAGUACUAAUAAUAAUUCAUUGUGUUGAGGGACAGGAAGACAGUGUGUAUUCAUACAUGUUGGGCUUAAAUUGAGGUCUCCCCAUGCUCAAAGUCGAAUUAUUGACUCCACCCAGGAUGCAACCCCACAACAAGCUGACUCACUCCCGAGUACUUACUUACUGCUAGGUGAACAGAGGCAUAAGGUGAAAGGAGAUGUGCCCAACCAUUUCUGUCUCGCUUGGGAUUUGAACUCGGAAUUCUUGAUUGUGCGUUGAGAACAGAUCUGACUGAACUACUGGGACCGGGUAAUAAGUAGCUUUUAAAUACUGGUCGAGAAAAUGUAAAUAUGGCAGGUAUUUCUAAAAAGUAAAACAUGCAAGUUUUGUAGUGAAGUGGGGUUAUAGUUGUAUAAAUAUGUUUUAAACAUUUUGUGGCUAUAGAGGAAUCUAACAAAAACAAAUGACGAUAUAAAAAUAAUGUUUACGAGUACAGUAUAGUACUGUACUGCAAUUCUUUCUCAAUUAUGUAUGGAGGUGAAUAAUUGUUACUUUAUAGUACCUGGUAAAGUAUUUAUGGAGAAUGAAUUGUGAUUUUUCAAGUUUCAAUAUUAUAGUUGUUUAUCAUUACCUAUAACUGAAAACUACAUUUAGAAGCCUCAUUAGUAUCACAAGUGCAGUGAUUUUUUUUUUAUAGAAAAUAUGAGUACAGUAUUAUAAAAUAGGUGAGGGAUAUAUUACUGUGGUUAAAUUUUCAUGAUACAGUAGUAUGAAUUAAACAUUGUAAUUUUGAAAUUAGUAUUUGAACAGAAGUAACGCAAACAAGGAGUAAUGGUUUCGACCUCAACAAGCCAUUAUAUAGGACAGACAUCAGAAGAUGCUUUUUCACCUAUAGGGUUGUAAACCCAUGGAACUGCCUACCUGCCAUAGCCUGCUGCUGAAUUUCAAAAUCCAGCUUGAAAAAAGCAUCUAGACAAAUGGGGGAGGGGUGCUUUGACAAGCUACUGGCUUCCUGUCCUGGUCGAGGCCACUAGUGUUAGUGGCCCCUCGGGUAUAUUCAGUGUGUUUACAGUUCAGGAGAGGCUUUACAUGUGCAGUCAAGUGUACAGUGUGUCUUAGUACAAUACUGUAUAUUAUUUACCUGACCAUCGCUUUGCUGAUUUUGUUACAGUUUGGAAAUGGUGAGGCAUGUGAUUGACUUUUUUUUUUUUCUGGUUUGUCCGGUUUAAGGUGAAUACAUUAUGCUAGUGUUUUCAACUUCUUAAUUGAGGGGGGAGAGAAAUCGGCUCACCUGAACACACACUGAAGUACUGUACUUUGUGAUGAGCUUAUAUUAAUACUGUAAGUCUUAAUUUUAGGUAUACCUGUCACAUACCUGUUGAUGAUUCCGAGGGUCAACGUCCCCGCAGAUAAUAAAUGUAAACAAAAAUAGAACUUUGUGUAAAUUAAAAUGAAUACAAGAAUGCUGGCAGAGCUUUUGAGGUAUAUGUAAGAUGGAAUAAAGUUUAAUUUCUAAUACUUGUGUUCAUAUUUAUAAUAUUUUAUGAUAGUAUGCCAUCUAAAUUGCAUUUAUUUUGACUAAUCUUAGUUUGGUGGAAGCAUAAUUCAAUUAAUUUAUUUUGAAUCUUUUUAUCAUGCAUUAUUUUUAAGCCAUUUCUUGCUUAUUCCAGCAGUUUUUAAAGUUUUUUUAAAUAUACUGUAUUUAAGUCCAUGUUCAAAAUAAUAUUCAGAGUCUGCUCAAUGCACCAUGAAGGUUGUUUCCACAUUCCUAAACAUUUUGUCCUUUAACUAGCCCUUUUGUCUGUGUAUCCUCCACUUGACAUUUGUGCUUUUCUUGUUAAAGUGACACGUCGUGAGUCACUUGACUUCUGGGUAGUGUAUGGGAUUUGUUCACUGCAAUGGGCAGUGCAGUCGUGCCGAGCCUAGCUCCUCAUACAUGUUGGCGCUUUGUGUUUCUACAAAGGGUAAUGCAUAUUGAUUAUUGUUUUCUGUGAUUGCCUUCACCUUUUCCCUACAGGUGUUUAUGAUCAAGGCUCGGAAAUUUGUUUCAUCCGAGAUGCUUCCCUUGUGUCUAGCAUCCUUGCAUCAUUUUAAGUUUUUCUUCGUCUCCAAAGAUGUUGGUGAAUGCUUCAGUGAGUGAAAUUCAUCCUGUAGCUUCCAUUAAAAUUGUAAAAUUAACUUUUGUUAAUUACAGUAGUCUGUUAAUUCUCAGUGUGGCAUUGUAGUCAUGUGUUGAUAUCUAUUGCAAUGCAGUCAUCAUCAUUGUCAUAUGAUCCACAUUUUGUGUCAAUGUUUGAAUACCAACAUUUGUGCACAGGGUUGCAGUAACUCACUGGUAUCUCCAAUCAGACUUUAGUUUCAUGUUCUUCCAUCAUUAAUUUUUCUUCAUUGUGAUACUUGUUAGCAUCUUUAAUUUUCCUAAUUUCUUUGGCUGUGUACAGCACAGUACUUGUUUUGGUAGUGAAGAAAACAAAGGAAUCUGCAAGUGUGAUGCAAAUUCUGUUGUAGUUCCUAUCCUGGGAAAGAAAUAAGUAAAUAUCAGAAAGGUGUUAGCCUGUAUGGUUGUGGCACAAUAUGCAAGAGUUCCUUGAUGGUAUUCAGGAUGCCAGCACAAGCUCAGAAAAACGUACAAUCUUGUUAUUAUGGUAGAUUUAAUGGAGUCUGAGAGCAUCAUCCAACAUAAAUUGGCAGUAGUGAUAAGAUGAGAGGAAGACAAAGAUAAGUAGAUUUAAUCAUUUACAUGUACCAAUGUUAGUGACCUAGAUUUAAGAGUUGUGUUGAUUUCAAACUGGUUCACUUAAUUUUCAUAGCAUGUAUUCUCAUAUUGUAUAUUUUAAGUAAAUUUUUAUGAUUGAAUAAUACACAUUUGUCCAACUUGAAAAAAAGUGUAUUCUUGGUAGUUAUUUGAUCCCAAUUUCCGAUACCCAACUUUGGUUUGAUUAAGUAUUUGUAGAGUUUAGCCACAUUUAUUCGUGUUAUGAAAAUUUAUUUCUUUAAUAAUUCGAACGGUAAAUUUUUUCCAACCUUUGAAAUUUUAUUAAAACAUUUAACACACAACACAGUAUUUAUUGAUAUAAUGUUUGAAACAUUUUCCCCAUUUGGCUAUACAGUACUUAAAUAGUGCUCAUAGUAUCAUCGAUUUAUUUGGGUAAAACUGUGGUUGUGAACAACUGUAUAUGAGUUGUGUAUAUUUUAACUACUGAUCUUGAAUGGCAUUAUAGUGCUGAAUGUAUCCUUAAUCCUUGAAAAGAAACUGGUGCUAAAGAGACAGGUAUCGGAGCCUUUUUGACACUUUUAAUGCGGUAUGUGCAUUUUGCUUCUGGUCUUGGUGCUUUUUUUUAAUUUAACAGUGUUACAUUUAUAUAUCUCAUUCAACCCAUCAUAUUAUUCAGGGGUGAGCUUUAUCGAGAAAGAAAUCCUUGGCAUUCAUCUUGCGGGAAGCAGCACUACUAGCUAUGCCACACCUUGAGGUUGAACAAGGGUCUAUUUUGAGAUAGUGAAGAUACUGUAACACCCUUAAACUGUCAAUUAAUACCAAUUAACAAGCUAUUGAAAUAUGGGGUGUGUUACUUGGUGCCAGAUCAUUGGAUUGAUUUAAGUAACGUGAAUCAAAACAGGAUAAACUGAAUAUUUUUAAAGACCAUUGUGCUUUGAAUGGUUACCAAUAUUGGUUUUUCAUUUGAUGAUGUAGAUAAACAGAAUUUCCUAAAAGUUCCUGUUUGAAAGUCAUGCAUCAUCAAUACUGUACUGUUUAUCAUGUGCUACAAGGAAUCUUACUUUUGUAUGAUGUUAUAUAAUUUAAUGUUUCAUGUUUGCUUCAUGUGCUUUAUAUAAAAAAAAAAAUAGGCAAACUUUUUGAGUUUAAAGAGAAAUUUUAUACUUUCUUUGCUAAAUAAAUAAUUUCUGCUGUUUGAUGGAAUUUUUGGUAUUACAAAUUAACAUAUCUGAGAUCACUAGUUGCAGGAAAUACAGUAAGGAACAUGUAUUUUUAAUUUAUUGAAUGAUCACUACACACAAUAAGGAACAUGUAUUUUUAAUUUAUUGAAUGAUCACUACAAACAAUAAGGAACAUGUAUUUUUAAUUUAUUGAAUGAUCACUACACAAGCUUGCAUAUACUAUUGUUUUGAUUGACCAAUGACCUAAGAAAUAUUUUUUAUUUAUCUGUUUGCUUACAUCAUGAAUUGGUGUUUUUAAACAUGCUGCAAAUUAGAAAAAGAAUAAUGUGAUGGCUUAUAUGAUAAUUAAUUCUCAUGGUACUAGUGUUAAGUGUUACAGGUACUAGUAGGCCUACAUGUGUAGAAAAUAAACUGAUGUACUAUGAUGUAUCAAAUGCUGUGAUUUGUCAGUUGAGCUUCUGCUCUGUUGUUAAAUGUAUAACUUUCCACCUUUGUAUCAAAACACAGGCACAUAAUGUAA